AUGGUAUCAGAAGGUUCCUCUCCCACGAGAACAGAAACGUCCUCCAACUCCAUGUUGUCAAGUGAUAAUUCUUUGGUGCCCAAUGGCUCCAACUCUGCGUGUACACUACCUCUUGUUACUAUCAACACUUCCAACCAAUUGCCCUACAAACUCACAUCUUCAAAUUAUCCUUUCUGGCGUGCAACUUUUCUCACCAUUCUCAUUGGUUAUGAUCUGAUGAAAUAUUUGGACGGCACUUUUCGGUGUCCUCCUACACAUACUGUGAAUUCUUCUGCGUCUGCUCAUCUGGCUCGCUUGUUUGCCACCAAAUCAUGGGCAUGGAUCAAGCAGUUGAAGGAAGAUCUCACCCUUAUUCAACGGGGUUCCCGCACGGUGUCUGUGUUCCUUCAUGCAGUUAAGGUAAUUGCUGAUGAACUCUCUUUGAUUGAUGCACCAGUUUCGGAUGAUGAUUUGACGUUAUAUGUGCUUAAUGACCUUGGUUCUGAGUUUUGA